AUGGCUUCCCUUCAGGCAGGCCCCAAUAUGGCGGCCAUACAGUCUGGUCUUCCUCCCAACCUUACUCAACAACAUAUCCAAGAAGUCUAUCAGAAAUAUCGGCAUAUGCAAGAGCAAGGCGUACGCCCGGAUGAUCCCGAGUUCCUCAAAGCGCACCACCUUCUUUCCGCCGUCCAGCGCCAACAGGCCAUUCAUAAGCAACGACAGCUACAGCAGUUGCAAGCGCAACGAUUACAACAAACCCAACAGCAGCAGCAGCCACAGGCGCAACAGCACGUCCCACAGGCAAAUGGAGUUUCGCCCGAUGGCGUUCCCAAUGGGAUUGAUGGUCGAAAUGGAUCCGCCAGCGGAAACGGCUCUGCAGCCCCAGACUCUGCGCCUGGGCAAUCCGGAUCGGCGACCACUGCGGCAGCUAGUCAAAAGAAUGCGACCGCAGGGAUGACUAGCUUUACACCGGAACAGUUGACCAUUCUUAAAAACCAGAUCCUUGCAUUCAAGAUGCUUUCCAAAAAUUUACCCAUUCCUCCCAGAGUACAACAGCAGCUCUUCGCAAAUAAGAAGAGUAUGCCCAUUGGAGGCACCGAUGGAGCUGUUUCACUUGACGGUGCGUCGGAUGGCGCUAGCCAGGCCCGCGAAACUGGGCCUAAAGCGGAUGACGCCUCGGCAAACAUACCAAAAACUAUGUACCAGUCCUUCCAAUCUCCCUACGAGGCACUUCUAGCUCGCAUCAGCUACGGCAGCCAUUCAAUGCGCAAAUACAGACUUAGGAUCCCGAGCCUUAUGCCUCUUGGCAUAGAUUUAGAUAGGUUUCGGGAAGAGAGAGAGAUCAUAUUGUAUAAUCGUAUUUCUGCACGAAAAGCCGAAUUGGCUAAGCUACCAGCUAACCUCAGUGUGUGGGAUACCAGCAAGGGAGACUCGCCAGAAAUGGUUGAUGACUCUCUCAAAGUGAGAGCAUUGAUCGAGCACAAGAUGUUGAACCUUCUCCCGAAACAGAGAAUUCUGCGCAACAAGCUACAGUAUGAAAUGAUUCACUAUGACAAUUUAAUUAUGUCGGCCAACCGCAGUAGCCACCGGCGCAUGAAGAAGCAAUCGCUCCGCGAAGCGCGAGUCACUGAGAAACUCGAGAAACAGCAACGUGAUGCGCGUGAGACCAAGGAGAAGAAGAAACAGUAUGAUCAACUGCAGGCGAUCCUCAAUCAUGGUCGCGAAGUUAUCAAUGCUGGAAUUCAGCAGCGAGCGCGAUCUCAGAAGCUCGGCCAGAUGAUGCUUCGACACCACCAUGACAUGGAGCGUGAAGAACAGAGACGUGUUGAAAGAACCGCCAAGCAGCGUCUCCAGGCCUUGAAGGCGAACGAUGAAGAAACGUACAUGAAAUUGCUUGGUCAAGCCAAGGAUUCGCGUAUCUCUCAUCUUCUCAAGCAAACGGAUGGCUUCCUCAAGCAGUUGGCUCGCUCGGUAAAAGAACAGCAAAGGACUCACGCAGAAAGGUAUGGAGGAGAUGAGCAUCUGUACGAAGAUUCUGAAAUUGAGUCCGAUGAGGAAGACGAGGAAGGAGAGAGCCGUAAAGUUGAUUACUACGCUGUGGCCCAUCGGAUCAAGGAAGAUAUUACCGUGCAGCCGUCUAUCCUUGUUGGUGGUACUCUCAAAGAAUACCAACUCCGAGGUCUUCAGUGGAUGAUCUCACUUUACAACAACAAUCUUAACGGUAUCUUGGCCGACGAAAUGGGUCUCGGCAAAACCAUCCAGACUAUCAGUUUAAUCACAUAUCUGAUCGAGAUGAAGAAGCAAAACGGGCCUUUCUUGGUUAUUGUUCCUCUCAGUACGCUAACCAACUGGACGCUCGAAUUUGAGAAAUGGGCGCCGUCGGUUUCUCGGAUUGUCUACAAGGGACCGCCCAACAGUCGCAAAGCACAACAGCAAGCUAUUCGGUGGGGACAAUUCCAAGUCUUGUUGACAACCUACGAAUACAUCAUCAAAGAUCGGCCGAUUCUGAGCAAGGUAAAAUGGGUUCAUAUGAUUGUCGAUGAAGGCCACAGAAUGAAGAAUACUCAAUCGAAGUUGACGCAGACUCUCACCCAAUACUACACCUCGCGUUACAGACUUAUUCUCACUGGUACUCCACUCCAAAACAACCUUCCUGAGCUCUGGGCGCUUCUCAACUUCGUCCUUCCAAAUAUUUUUAAGUCUGUUAAGUCCUUCGAUGAAUGGUUCAAUACCCCAUUUGCGAACACAGGUGGUCAGGAUCGUAUGGAUCUCACCGAAGAAGAGAAGCUACUCGUUAUUCGUCGCUUGCACAAGGUGCUUCGGCCGUUCCUACUUCGUCGAUUGAAGAAGGAUGUCGAGAAGGAUCUUCCUGAUAAACAGGAGCGUGUUAUCAAAUGUCGCUUCUCCGCAUUGCAGGCCAAGCUGUAUAAACAACUGGUCACUCAUAACAAGAUGGUGGUCAGCGACGGUAAAGGCGGUAAGACAGGCAUGCGUGGUUUGAGCAACAUGCUUAUGCAGCUACGAAAGUUGUGUAAUCAUCCAUUCGUGUUUGAAUCGGUUGAGGAAGAAAUGAAUCCAGGAAAGGGUACGAAUGAUCUCAUUUGGCGUACGGCUGGUAAAUUCGAACUGCUCGAUCGAAUUCUGCCAAAAUUCAAGGCGUCUGGGCAUCGUGUCUUGAUGUUCUUCCAGAUGACUCAGAUCAUGAACAUCAUGGAAGAUUUCUUGCGCUUCCGCGGUCUUAAAUACCUGCGUCUCGACGGUUCUACGAAGUCGGAUGAUCGAUCCGAAUUGUUGAGACGCUUUAAUGACCCUGGAUCAGAGUACUUCUGCUUCCUUCUCUCCACACGAGCUGGUGGUCUUGGUUUGAACCUGCAGACCGCCGACACUGUCAUUAUUUAUGACUCAGACUGGAAUCCUCAUCAGGAUCUUCAAGCUCAAGAUCGUGCACAUCGUAUCGGUCAGAAAAACGAGGUCCGGAUUCUCCGAUUGAUUAGCUCCAACUCCGUUGAAGAGAGGAUCCUUGAACGAGCGCAGUUCAAGUUGGACAUGGACGGAAAGGUUAUCCAGGCCGGAAAGUUCGACAAUAAAUCGACAAACGAAGAGCGUGAUGCUUUGCUUCGUACCUUGUUGGAAACCGCCGACUCCGCAGACCAGGCGGGCAAAGAGGACGAGAUGGAUGAUGACGAUCUAAACGAUAUCAUGGCGCGGUCUGAUGAAGAACUCACUCUUUUCCAAAAGAUCGACGAAGAGCGAAUGAAAACCGAUCAUUACGGCCCCGGACAUCGACAUCCCCGCCUGAUGGGUGAAGAUGAGCUUCCUGAUAUCUAUUUAGCAGAAGACAACCCUGUUGCCGAAGAACCCGAGGAAAUUACUGGACGAGGUGCCCGAGAGCGAAAGGUCAUGAGAUAUGACGAUGGUCUCACUGAGGAGCAGUGGGCCAUGGCAGUAGACGCCGAAGAUGAUACUAUCGAGGAGGCCAUCGCUAGAAAUGAGGCUAAAAUGGAGCGAAGACGACUCAAUAAAGAAAAACGAAUAAGAAAGGCUCAAGGUAUAGAUUCCUCACCGGAACCUUCUAGGGAACCGUCUGCCACGCCGCAACGGGCCAAAGGACGACGUAAAGGCCCCGUGUCCAAGCGGAAGGCCGAUGAGGUAAUAGAGGAGGCCCCUGCCAAGCGUCGAAGAGGCAGACAGAGCAAAGCUGCGAUAGCAGCCGCUGCUGCUGCGACAGAGACGCUGAAUAACGCAGAUCGUGAGGUCUUGCAAACCAUUCUCAAUAAGGUUUACAAGAUCCUCAUGGGACUCCAAGCGGAAGUCCCUGCUGAUUCUUCAGAUACUGAUGACGAGCCGAGCACGCGCCCGAUCAUCGAUCCAUUCCUAAAGCCACCACCGAAGAGCCAGUAUCCGGAUUACUACGUUAUCAUUCAAAAUCCCAUUGCCAUGGAUACAAUCAAGAGGAGGAUCAAUCGAGAUGAAUAUCAAAGUCUGAGAGAGUUCCUAGAUGAUAUUCGCCUAUUAUGCAAUAAUGCCAGGACCUAUAAUGAAGAUGGCAGCAUUCUUUUCCAGGAUGCGAACCAGAUUGAGGCCGCUUGCAUCGCAGCUUUGAAGAAGGAAUCUGAAAAGCACCCCGAUUUUGCCGACUUUGACGAGUCCGUAGAUGGGUCGACGGCCGCUGUUUCAAGUGCUGGAACUCCUCUUGCGUCUGGUGCCACGCCGUCACAGAAACUCAAAUUGACGUUCAAUAGCUCGAGAGCAAACGGAACUGACAGCGCUGCUGUAAGUGAUGAGGAGUGAUCGUGGGGUCUCAAAAUUCUUCUACUCCGCUCCAUCUCCCUUCCAAAUGCGGUUCGAAAUUGGAAAGUGCGUUGCGGGCCGUCUUUGGCGCCUUUUUCUACCGUCAUGAUCGCUGCCUUUGAACAUCCUAAUGGGCCACUCUACCAUAUCCUUCACGAAUCUGCACCUCCUUGACUUAAAACUAUGUUCUAGUGUAUCUUCACUACAAUUUUUUGGGACUUUAUUCUUAUUCUGAUACCUCGUCGUGGUCCCCCACCCCAUGCGAGGCCGGCGUUGGGCCUAUCAUCGAAAUGGUUUCUUUGUAUUCUGGCGAGAGGGUCACGGUUGGCAAACAUUGCGGAUGGCGGAACGAAAUGAAUAUCAAGUUUUGUUACAUAUGGGGUGGAAAGAAAUGCUUCUGAAAUUCCUUAUCCCUUUAGUGCCCUUUUUUUUUUUUUUUUUUUUACCUUCAGCGUUGCUCCCUGUGCAAUUCUAGGUCUUCUUUUUCUUCUUUUCUUCUUCGAUUUCUUUUCUCGGUCAAAAUCGUGCUACAUUUCUUCUUGUAGCCAGUACCCAAUUAAGUCUUUGAUAUUUUCGUGUGGCUGGAAUUGGCAUCCGACUUUCUUUGUCCCCCAGUUUGUGAUGUCUUUUAGAUUUACUACGAAUUGAGACAGGUGGGAAACGAAGAGAGAACCUUUGAGGAUUAGGUUAUCUAUUAAUGCAUGAUGUAUUUUAUGG